GGAGGGGCAGCGGCAGCCGCCCCUUCCUCCGUGUCCACCUCUGCGGGAGCGGGAGGAGGGGAUGUGUUGGAUUUUGAGUUGGCGGUCCCCGACCUCAUCACGGCCCUCAACCUGGAAGCCUCCCCGCUCCCGCCGCCCACCAUCAUAUACCACCCACCUCCUGCCCCUGCUCCUGCUCCUGCUGCUGCUGCUGCUUCUGCCAACGUCCGGCCCGCAGCGGCUAGCCCCGCCAACGCCACCUCGGCAUCCGGGAGGCAGGCGGCUGCGACGCCGGCAAGCAGCGGGAGUGGUGGCGGAGGUGGUGGUCGUAAGGGCACCGCUGUACUCCCCCCGCUGCAGCCCUCAGCACCAACACCAGCUGCUGCUGCUGCUGCUGCUUCAUUGGAGCCUGCAGCUGCAGCCGGCACCGCCGCUGCCCCCGCUGCUGCCCAUGCAGCCCCUGCCCCCGUGGAGGGAGCGGACAGCCGUUUCCUGCUGCGGAGGGGUCCGCUGCUGCUUGAGGCUGAGGUGGUGAACGGAGGAGCCGAGAUCUCCAUGCGGGUAGCCAACCUGCAGCUAGACGACCUGGAGGCCGGCUCCCUGCGCGGCGCCCUGCGCUCCGCCUCGCUGGCUGCAGACGUGGCGGGGCGGCGGGGGCGGGGGAGUCUGGCGGCGGAGGGGCUGCGGCUGAGCAGUCUGGCGGUGGGCGGGUGCAGCGGCGCAGUGCGGUGGGAGGGCGACAUUGUGAAGCUGGAGGAGACGGUGCUGGAGCAGGCGGGGAGCAGAUACGAGCUGUCAGGAGAGGUCUUCCUGCCCGGCUUCGGAGCGCCCAACACCACCUCCAACACCCCCGCUGGACCCAACACGCCAGCAGCAGCAAUAGCAACACCAGCUACCACCUCCCCCACCGCCUCCACCGCAGCUGAGCGGGCAGUUGGGACGGCGAACCGCACAAGGGCCGCCACCACCGCAGCAGCAGCAGCUGACACAGCAAGGCGAAUGGAAGCUGUUUAUGAUGGGGA